UCCGGCCGCCUCCUCGUCGGCUCUUUCCGUCUCGCCCCCUCGCCCGGCCGCCCCGGGCCCGGGCCCGGCCAGGGAGCCCCCAGGCCGCGGCUCGGGGGCCACCACCCCCCCCACCCCGCCCGCCGCUCCGCGCAGCCCGGCGGAGGCGGUGCCGUCGGAGGAGGAGGAGCAGGGCACUGCGGCUGGCCCCGGAUCGGGCGCCAGAGCGGCAGCGGCUUCGGCAGCAGCGGCGACCCGGGCCGAUGCAGCGGGACGCACCGCCCCGAGCCCCAGCCCCGGCGCCCCGGCUCCCCGCGCCCCCGAUCGGGGCCGCUGCCAGCAGUGGUGGCGGCGGAGGCGGGGGCAGUGGCGGCGGCGGAGGCGCCUCUGCAGCUCCGGCUCCUCCUGGCCUCCCGGGAACUACAAGUCCCAGGGGGCCUGGCGGCGGGCGGCGGGCGGAAGAGGCGGGGUCGGCGCCGCGAGGCCGGAAGUGGCCGUGGAGGCGGAAGUGGCGCGGCCGCGGAGGGGCCUGGAGCACGGCGGCUGGACCCGGAGCGGGAGCGGCGGCGGCGGCGGCGGCGGCGGCGGCGGCGGCUGGGGGCGGCGGCGGCGGCGCACUGGAGGCAGCCAUGGCAAAGCAGUACGACUCGGUGGAGUGCCCCUUUUGUGAUGAGGUGACCAAAUAUGAGAAGCUCGCUAAGAUCGGCCAAGGCACCUUCGGGGAGGUAUUUAAGGCAAAGCACCGUAAGACCGGCAAAAAGGUGGCUUUGAAGAAAGUGCUGAUGGAGAACGAGAAGGAGGGGUUCCCCAUCACAGCCCUGCGGGAAAUCAAGAUCCUCCAGCUUCUAAAACACGAGAACGUGGUUAACUUGAUUGAGAUCUGCCGAACCAAAGCUCUUGCUGCCCCGGGGGCUGCCACAGCACCUGGCCCAGAGGAGGCACUCAGCAAAGAGUUGGCCAGUGAAGGAAUGCACAGCUGGAUAUCCGAGUCUUCCCCCUACAACCGUUGCAAGGGCAGUAUAUACCUCGUGUUUGACUUCUGCGAGCAUGACCUUGCCGGGCUGCUGAGCAACGUCUUGGUCAAGUUCACACUGUCUGAGAUCAAGAAGGUCAUGCAGAUGUUGCUCAACGGCCUCUACUACAUCCAUAGAAACAAGAUCUUGCACAGGGACAUGAAGGCAGCUAACGUGCUCAUCACCCGCGAUGGGGUUCUGAAGCUGGCAGACUUCGGGCUGGCCCGGGCUUUCAGCCUGGCAAAGAACAGCCAGCCCAACCGCUAUACCAACCGUGUGGUGACGCUCUGGUACCGGCCACCGGAGCUGUUGCUCGGGGAGCGGGACUACGGCCCCCCCAUUGACCUCUGGGGUGCCGGGUGCAUCAUGGCGGAGAUGUGGACACGCAGCCCUAUCAUGCAGGGCAACACGGAGCAGCACCAGCUUGCCCUCAUCAGCCAGCUCUGUGGCUCCAUCACCCCCGAGGUGUGGCCCAACGUGGACAAGUACGAGCUGUUUGAGAAACUGGACCUAGUCAAGGGCCAGAAGCGGAAGGUGAAGGACAGGCUGAAGGCCUAUGUGCGUGACCCCUACGCGCUGGACCUCAUCGACAAGUUGCUGGUGCUGGAUCCCGCCCAGCGCAUCGACAGCGACGACGCCCUUAACCACGACUUCUUCUGGUCCGACCCCAUGCCCUCGGAUCUCAAGGGCAUGCUCUCCACCCACCUGACGUCCAUGUUCGAGUACCUGGCGCCACCACGCCGAAAGGGCAGCCAGAUCACCCAGCAGUCCACCAACCAGAGCCGCAAUCCCGCCACCACCAACCAGACGGAGUUCGAGCGUGUGUUCUGAGGGCCGGCUGCCGGCGCUUCGCAUUAGGGCAGUUUUGGUUUUUCUCCUGCUGUGUGACUUGCGUUGUGGAGGUCACGGGGCAUUUGAGUUUUCUCUAGUGCUUUAUUUUAUUUAAUCCCCACCCUGGGCGCCAGGAAGGCCAGCCGAGUGGACUGGAGGAAAGCUUUGGCUACAAGCCCAGGAUGGCACGGGGGCUGCCUCCGCUUGUCCCCUGGCGUUCAAGAUGAUCGCCAGAGGGUCUCUGUUUACUUUCAGACAGGAUCGGGGUGGGAGGAGAGGCACGCCCCGCCAGUGACUUUCAGAGUGUUCCCAGCGUGACCGGAGGAGGGGACAGGCCCCUCGCCCACCGCCAGCCCUUCCUCUCGAGAUGAGAAACUUGGCGUGGGGGACAGAAUUGGGCUCGGGAACGGGCCGGUCUCGGCCCAACCGUCCGAAGCUCCGGGGCUGGCAAGGACUUGGUUUCUUUAAUACAACAUUUUAUCGUGUUUUUUUUUGUUCGGUUGUUGGGAGGCGUUCCUGGACGCACUGUUUGGUCAGUUACAAUUAAAGUUGACUCUUUUUUUUUUUU